CUUCCCUCACAGGUUUCUGCUUUUUCUUGCUGCCUCUUCUUCUUCUUCUUCUUCUUUGUUUCUCUUUUAGAUCAGUUUUUAAUAUAAUAGUAUAAUGGGAAGAGGAAAAUUCAAGGGCAAGCCCACCGGCCACCGCCACUUCUCGACUCCCGAAGAGCUCCGUGCUGGUACCUCUGCUCGUCCCCGUACUUUUAAGAAGGAAGAAGCUGAAGUGAAGGAAGAAGAAGAGUCUGAAGAGGAAGUGGAAGAAGAGCCUGAGAAACGAAAAGGUACCCAAGGGCUUAUUGAGAUUGAUAAUCCAAAUUUGGCCAAACAAAAGAAUCUUAGAGCUACAGAUGUUGAUAUGGGGAGAACAACUGAACUAUCAAGGCGUGAAAGAGAGGAAAUAGAAAAGCAAAAAGCACAUGAACGAUACAUGAAGCUGCAGGAACAAGGGAAAACUGAACAAGCAAGAAAAGAUUUAGAGCGCUUAGCCUUGAUACGGCAACAAAGGGCAGAGGCUGCCAAGAAGAGAGAGGAAGAGAAGGCCGCGAGAGAACAGAAGAAAACUGAAGCACGCAAGUAACGGUGAUGAGUUGAUCUAUAGCUUUCUAUAUUUCGAGUUUUACAUUUGUAUACUUAAGCUCUUACCCCAUAAGAAAAGGUGAUAAAAUACUAUCCAUCUUCUACAACUUGAAUAGUAGUUUAUAUCUAUUUUCGGAUCA